GCUGCCAAUAGCAGACAACGGGUGGUGUUGGGCUACUUUUGGGCUCGUGUUUAGGGAAGGUUGGGCUACAAACGGGUUGUCAUUUCUGGCCACGUCCCUCGAGGCCGCCGGUGGUUUGUUGUUUUCGGUUCCUCAACCACGACCCCCUCCCCAAAAAAAAGGGGUUGCAAUCGGUUAGACUCCUGGGGGGUUGGGUGGGUGUGUGUGUGAGAGAGAGAGAGAGACAUACACACAAACAAGUGAGUGUGUGAUCUGAGGGGGAGAGAGAGGAAUUCGGGAAGAUGGCGGCACCGGCGGCGGGAGGUGGAGGCAAGAACAGCGAAUGGGGAGCUUUCGAGGAGAACCUGAUGCAGGGCAGCAGCUCAGCAGUGAUAGACAUGGAGAAUAUGGACGACACAUCUGGUUCAAGUUUCGAGGACAUGGGAGAGAUGCACCAGCAAAUGAAGGAAGAAGAGGAGGCUGGCGAGGAGCCAGUGCCUACAGAGGAAGAUGAUGGAGAAUUUCUGGGCGUGAAGGGGUUAAAGGGACAGCUGGGCCGGGAGGUGGCGGAUCAGGUCUGGCAGGCAGGCAAAAGGCAAGCAUCGAAGGCUUUCAAUCUGUAUGCCAACAUUGACAUUCUCAGACCCUACUUUGAUGUUGAGCCCAUCCAGGUUAGGAACAGGUUGGUGGAGUCAUUGAUUCCAGUUCGAAUGAUCAAUUUCCCUCAGAAAGUGGCAGGCGAGCUGUAUGGUCCCCUGAUGUUGGUCUUCACUCUUGUGGCUAUUCUUUUGCAUGGGAUGAAAACAUCUGGGACAGUAAUUAGAGAGGGCACCUUGAUGGGUACUGCAAUCGGGACCUGCUUUGGCUACUGGCUGGGUGUCUCAUCCUUCAUUUAUUUCCUGGGUUAUCUGUGCAAUGCUCAAAUCACAAUGCUGCAGAUGCUAUCACUACUGGGUUAUGGCCUGUUCGGACCCUGCAUUGUACUGAUGGUAACAUACAAUGUUCAUCUCCAUUCCCUUUUCUACCUAUUGUGGCUGAUCAUUGGGGGACUUGCCACCGUUCGAAUGGUUGCAGUGAUGCUUUCCCGAACUGUUGGACAAACCCAGCGGCUUAUUGUAUGUGGGAUCCUUGCCACCCUGCACAUGGCUUUCCUGCUUUACUUGCACUUUGCUUAUCACAGGAUCGUGGAAGGUAUCCUGGACACCUUAGAGGGACCCAAUGCAGGGCCAGUGAGAUUCCCCCGGGACGUGCCAGAGUUUUCAGCAGCUGUGGUGAAUACCACCAUCCGAUCGAUUGGAGCGAGCCUGCAGAUACGUUAGCUCUGAAUCCUCUUUCUCUGUGUGACACGGAAAUGCUCUUUACACUUUACCAGAACGAGUGCCGGAGUGGGAAGGAGGAGUGAGGGAAGGAACACACGUUCUGCAGUGUUUGUAGAUAAUAGAAAACUCUUUCAUUGUGGCGGGGUGAGAAGGGAAAGGAUCCCUUUUCAGUGGAAUCUGUAUAUAGCCAAUCUUUAUUUUUAAAGAGUGUGUAAAAUCUACUUAUUUAUUUGUUUUCUCUCGUUACUUGCUUGGUUUCCUCGGUGCGUGAAGCAUUCUCUAAUUUGCAUCCCUGCCUCCUUCACACACACAGAUCAGUUUGUUUCAUUGAAAGAAUGAAUCCAGUAAGCAGGUGAUGAAGAGGCAGACACUUAUAACUUUUCAAUACAUUGGAUCUAAAUGCCAAUACAGCGCCAUGCUUUACUACUAGAUUUUAUGGCUGUGGUUUUAUAAAAUUAUAGAAUAAAACAACACAACUGCCUAUUCAGCUCAUCAAGUCAGGGUGGUGAUUUCUCUCCACACUAAAAAUCUCGUCUAAUUCCACUCUCCUGCUCACUCCCCAUAACCUUUGAUAUUCCUCCUCUUCAAGCAUCUAUCUUAUUCCCUUUUUAAAAUAAUCACUGGACUGUUCUCAACAAAAAUUUGAACUCGAGAUUUCCACAAUUCAACCACCCUCUCUAUAGGAUUUCUUUUCUCCCCUUUCAUUUGUUUUUGUAUGUAUUUUAUUGACUCGCUGACCAGUGGAAGUAAUAAUCUAAUACUAUGUAAUUAUUUGUAAAUCUCUCCUGUUGUUCUCUCAUUCGCUUAGGUUGGCUCUUCACCCCUUCCCCAAGACUGAGUAUUUUAAUCCAGAUUAUACACACAAGAGAGGUUUGGAUGAAGGCCCAUUGGCUCAUUGUUCGAAAGCAAGUUUCUCUAAAUCACCUGCAGUGAUUUUACAAUCCACUAGCAUGCUUAUGUUCCCAUUGCUUGUACAGGUAUAGUACUAGAACAUUCAGUACUCUUAGACUGGCACCAUCAUUAGAAAGAUAUUGAGGGGCAGAGAACAUUGCCUUGAAACAAAUCAAAAUGUGCCCUUUUUUUAAAAAAAGUUUUGUCUUCAAAGACUCAUGUAUAUGAAUAAUGAUCAAUAAUAAUCCUUGCAUUUGAUAAUAUUCAAUGUAAAAGCAGUCUAUCAUUUGUACAGAAUGAAUCGGGAUGGGUGGGGGAGUCCUUGGGCAAAAAAAUCAUUAACAAAAUGACCUCUUUAGUGACGUUUAAUGGAUGGAGAAUAGAAAUCUAGAUGGUGUCGUUUUAGGUUAUCAUAGUUCAGAUGGACAAUGCUACAACUCUUUAUUUGUCUUUUAAAGCAGGUGGGUUGGUAGCCUUUUAUUUUAAGAUGGAAUUAGAUGCGGGAAAAUGUAAUAUUCUGUUUAAAUCUACCUAUCAAAUAAAAUUAAAUUAGCCAAG